GUCAGUUUUUUUUUUCCUUUGUCUAGUACGAACUCUUGUACUUGUGGCUCAGUUUCGCUGCAGCAUAGCAUUUUAUUAUUAUUAUUAUUCAUCGCGGUUGAGCUCCUCUGUCGGGUGGUGCACCUCAACUUCAAUCUGUGUUGGUUUUCUCGCUAUUUGCUUGCCAUAGCAGCUUUUUUCUCUGAUUUUGUUGUCCUCAAAUAGUUUUUUUUUAACCCUUUCUGGCACGCUGUUCUUUGGUUUGCAUUUUCGUAUUUAUUUCUCCUUCUCCCUCUUGUGCCGCCUCAGCAUCGCCGUUAGUAUCGCUUCUCUUCGGCGGACGUUGCGACAACGGAGCAGGACAAGAAAAGCAACGCAUCAUUGCGUUUGGAGGCAAAAUUAAUUAACACACACACACAUAUAUUUCUCCUCGGUUAUAACUUCAUUUUUCUUCCAAAAAAAAAGACAAACCAUUCUGAAUACGUCAAAUCUCAAAUAGCAGCCGAAGAACAAACAGCCAUGUCAUCGCAUGGCGAUUUAACAUUCCACGCACCUGCGGCGGCCCUCGUAGGGGUGGACGCUGUGGGAGCCACAAGCAAUGGCAUGUUCUCACGUCUGCACCUCGUCGGCAACCCCGAUUGGAUGUCCUCCUUCUCCACCAGUCAGCAGGUGGCGGCGGUGCGACCUGUGCUGGCACCUCCAGUACCCGUGGCGUCGGCCCCUCGGCCACUCGCCGCCCCGGCCGCCAUUGACGCCCCGGCCCCGGCGGCGAAGGGUUUCUUCAGCAUGUUUUACCGCGCCCCGACGACGACGUCGACGACGACACACACCGCUGCCGCGACGCCGUCCUCGGUGGUAGGGGGGUCGAGUGUGAGCCGCAGCAACGGCGCCGCCUCGACCCACCUGCCCGCCCCGCCCAAGUCGCUGGACUCCAACGACUCGCCCCCGCUGCGUGCGAUGCCCGUCGACGCGCAGCUCUCGCUCGAGCACUUCUCUAAGUCUGGCGUGGCCGAGGUCUCCCUGCCGGCCGCCCGCCGCGAGCCGCCGCGUCCGCUAGCGCUGGGCAGCGACACCUGGAACGCACUCAGCGCCGUCCCACUGCCUCCAAAGACCUCCGCGACGGGAAAGCGCGUUCUCUCCCCGCCUGUUGCGAUCGACGGCAUGGCGGGCCGCGCCCCGAAACCGCUCUGGAGCGACCUCUCCUUCACCUCGUGCUUCCGCAGCAGCGCCCCCACGCUGGACGCCUUCCGCAACGUCGCGCCAGCCGCGGCGCCCGUCAAGACCAACUCGGUGGGAAGUGCGGCGGCACAACCGGCGUUGAUGAGCUCCGCGAUGCCCGUGCCUCCGAAGCCCGUGACGACGAGUCCGCUACGCGGCACAGCGAGCAGUCUUGAGGCUGCUGCUGCUACUGUUGCUGCGACCACUACAACGACGACCUUCAGGACGCAGCGCGGCGAACUGAAGGCGCACCCGCUUGUCCCAGUCGGCGAAGACGCCCUCCCGGUGUCGCCACUGCUCACGCCGGUGCAGGAGGCCGCCGUGCAGUCCGUGGCGAGGGUGGAGGCGACGCCGCUAGCCACUCCGGCCCCGGCGCCUGCCAGCAGCGAGGUGGCUGCGGAGGCGGAAGCGACGCUGCACCGUGACGUCGACGUCGCGUCGGUGCUGACAGAUUUUGUGAAGUCGAUCACGGAGCCCGCGACUCAACAAGAGGAGAAGGAGGAAGCCCUCGCCGCCGCCAACGUGCGCAACUUCCUUAGCACCAUCUUCAGCCACGAGGAUGACACAGACACGUCGCCUGUGACUAAGGCGGACGCCUUCAACGCGCUAGAGCUCGUCAUUAACCGCGGUAGCACGCAGCCCAAGCCAACGCAGCCGCUCGCGUACAGCACCUUCGCAAGCAGCCCGCUCUUCAUGGACAACAACGACGAGGAUAGCGAAGAGGGUCUAGAGAGACUGCGCCGCGUCGUGUCGAUCGUCAUGCAGGCGGCCAAGACGCACGACGGCGGCAGCUCGCAGCCGUCGAGCCAGACCCAGCGCCGCAACGGAGGCGGUGUGCCGGCGUCGCCGCCCACGGGCAAAUACACGGAGUUCUCUGCCACGUACCACGCGGGGUGCAGCACGGGGAACGAGAACGAAUGGAUGCAGUACGCUCGCUUCUAA